AUCUUUUCCCAAGUGCAAAUAGAAUGUAGAAAUAUUCUCCCCAGUAUAGAUGUGCAACAAAUCGAGCAGAAAAAACAUAGACUAAGCGAACUUGGACGGGCGAUUGAUAAUUUACGAAAUCAACGAAGUUCAUUGGAAGCGCAAAUGCGAGAAAAAGAAGUAUUAUAUAAAGAAAAGAAGGAUAAAUUAAGUGAGAUAAGGAGUCGGCAAUACGAACUUAACCGGAAGAUGGACGAGAUUCGCAAGUGUAAAGAAAGAGUUAUUGAUUUAAAAAAUCAACUUAAAGAUCGUGUCGUUGAAAGUGAUUUAAGACGUAAUAUAGCAAAAUGUUUAAACGAACUUCUUCGCUGCCAAGCGGGAAGAGUUCAAGCUUUAAGUUCACUCCAAAAAGCUGCUGCAAACAAAGCAUUCUUGCAGGCAAAGUUGCAUGUAUUUAAUACCGAAAAUGAGGCAUUAGUUAAUCAAAUUAACACACUUUUGGAGAAUAGAAAUUCUGCGAAGGAGAGAGUGGCUGCGAUAAAGUCAAAAUGCGAGACGUUUAAAAGUAAACUUCGUAAAAAAGAAGAUGAGAUGGCAACAUUGAUUAGUAAAUCGGAUCCCCGUAAAAAGAAUUCAAUGACUUAUCAGUUUUACUGUGAUUUGCCCGACAACUAUGAGGAAUUAAAAGGAUUCCUUAACGAUUACGCCGCCCGUUUGGAUUGCAUGGAGAAUGUAAAUUCUGAGAUUUUACGGGAACACGAGAAUAAACUUCAGGAGAUUAAAGCAAUUGAAAGUGAAAUUCAAGAUGUGUUGGAGGAUAAUCAAGACUAUGUCGCCAAGAUUCGAACUAUCUAUGAUAGUUGGUUUCCGACUGUAGAUCAAGUAAUUGGAACCAUUAAUAAGCAUUUCAGCGAUUUUAUGCGAUCAAUGGGCUACGUUGGCGAAGUGAGGCUAACACGAAAAGAUACGUAUGACUUUGGCUCGUUUGGAAUUGAAAUUUUGGUUCAGUAUCGACAAAAUGUGCCUUUACAGGCCCUCAAUAGGCAUGUGCAGUCCGGAGGUGAACGCGCCGUGGCUAUUGCUGCCUUUACAUUGUCCAUGCAACACAUAAGUCAUGUACCUUUUCGGUGCGUCGAUGAAAUUAAUCAGGGAAUGGAUGCACGAAAUGAGAGGAAAAUUUUUGAUAUGUUAGUAGAUGAAACUACAAAGACCGGUUCCUCGCAGUACUUUUUUGUUACGCCGAAGCUCCUCCGCAAUUUAAAGUCUCAUAAGAGAGCCUCAGUUCAUCUUGUUUUUAAUGGUCGCAAGAUCGAAUCGAAAGAUGCAUUUAUAUUUGUAAUGCCAUCUUAACGAUUAUAUAUUAUAAAAUUUUAUUCGUAUAUCUAUACAGGCUGUGAAGUAAAAUGUUCAAAUUGUCGAUUCGUUGAGAAACUCUGAAAACUAUUGUGUCUCGCUUUACCCAUAAUUUAAGUUUAAGAAUAAAGUCGAGCGAAAAAAUGAAUUUAUAAUUGCCGCGAUUUUAUUGGCAAACAAAAGUUAUUCCAGAAUUAUAAACUGAUUAACUUUCAGGAAGAAUUGAUUGAUUGAUAAACUAUGGGACACGAAUGGAAUUACAUUGCAUUGCAUUUCAGCGCUCAGCGAUGAUUAGAAUCAAAUAAAAUUCUCAUUUUCUUAUAGAUCAUGAGCAGGAUUUGUUCGAAAAUCUACUUAAAGCAUUUUUGCUUUUUUGUUCCGACAAUCAUCAGUCAGCACGUUUUCCUACUUAUUAUUAUUA